AUGGUCGCAGUUGGGGUUCAAGAUCUCGAUCCGUUCUUGCUGACAAGCAUGCUGAGCUUCGAUUCAUGUGUGAAAGAUUGGGAGAAACACCGGAGCCUUCGAAAACGUGCUCGAAGUCGAAGUGUUCUGCUUGUGGACAGCAAAGGAAGGAGCCACGUCUCGCCUACCCUCUCGAAUAUGAAACUGAAUGCAUCACUGCUUCGUCCCUUCACCCGAAGGAUGGCAGAAUGUGGUAGAAUACGCAAGCCAGUCAAUCUCAUCAAGGAAGUGUGCCGGACCUUUUAUGACUCGGAAGCAGCAUCCGAUGAUGAGAAGAAGGACACUACAGAUGCAAAGUUGAGAAAAGAACGAAAUAUCAACAAGUCGGCCGAAAUUAUCAAGACCAUGCUCACGGCGAUCAAAAGAAAGUGGAGCUUGUGGGAGAUACCACGUGAUGAGGAGCUUCGUGCAAUGGUUUUCGAUCUGGCUGAAGCCGUGUCGAAAGCAUAUUCGGAACUUAGACGCUGCGCAUUAGCAAAGUCGCCGAAGGCCCGCCAGGACACAGGUGACGAGGAGUCGAGCGACGACAUGUUUGACGAUGAGUCACUCAGGUCGUCUUUGCGCAGUGCAUCGCGUGAUUUGGCUUUGUCAACACCCUCGCCUGCAGAAGCCUGCCUGAAAGCCCCUCCUCAAGCUGAGUUGGAGAAGCUGUUGGGGUUUAGCUUGGACCCUGAGAGCUACAAGAAUCUCUUGAAGGCCAAGAAGGAGGUCACAAAGCCUUCGCAUGAGCCCAGUGAGCUGUAUGUGGCUGAGUGGGACGGGGAGAAGCCUGAGAAGCCUGAUGAAAAUCUGGCUUCGGGUGUGGAUGCUCCGAUCCACAGCCAGAUUUUGCAAGAUUCGACUGAGCUGGAGGAUGGCCAUGCUAACAGCCCGGUAAAGCCCCUCGCCUUGUCUCCUGGAAGCCCUGAGUUCAUCAGCUACAAGGCGGCACCACCGCGGUAUGCUUGUGAGAAUGCGAAGCGCCAGCUCCACUUCGACGGCUGUUCUGAAGCCUCCACUGCUAGUGGUAGCAAAGGCCCGGUAUGUUCAUCGCGCACCGACAAUGUGGAAACCCAAGCGUGGGCACCUUCACCGGAGGAUUAUGUGAACUCGUGGCUCGAGCAGCAGAGACUUGAGCACACUGCCAGGGUUGAAGAGGCCCGUGCGGCAAAGGAGAAAGAGGAGCAUGACGCUGCGGCCCAAGGGCUGGAGGAUAGGCUUCGCAGAUCUGAGCAGAUUGCCAGGGCUGCUUCUGCUGAAGUGGUGACUCGAAGGGACCAGCUUGGAUUGACAGCUGCCAAGAAGAGCAAGGAGGACUCCACGGAGCUCAAGGACUCCAAGGCUGGUGAUGGUGCUGACGAGGAAGCGGAGAAGCCCGCCAAAGGCAAAUCCGCUGCGAAGAGCAAAGCAAAGGCCAAAGCCACCCCGAAGUCCAAGGCCAAGGCUGCUGCUGCGCCGUCGAAGGCGACGGGCAAGCGCAAGGCAAGUGCUGAGUGGGAUGGCGGUGUAUGGGACGAGGAAGCUUGGGACGAAACUUGGAAUGGAGACUGGGAGAAUGACUGGGGCAAUGAUGGGCAUUGGGAGAAACCUUCCAAGGCCAAGCCCACGACGGGCAAGUUUUCCAGAUCGAAUUCCAAGGGCCGCUUCAAGAAGCUCAAGGCGAUGAAGAAGAUUAAGAAGAGUGGUUCCAGCGAACUCCCGGAUAAUGCCACGGAGUACUAUGGUGAAGGCUCGAGUCGGGCUGUGACAGGCCCUGAAGCCAGUGCCGCCUUGGAAGCACCGUCGCGGCGUGUGAGAUCCAAGGGAGCUAAGCCGGAAGAGCCGGCGGAGCCUGAGGACCAUGGGCCGGAGGCCGGAGCCGGCGACGGCGACGACGAGGAGGAGGUCCCGACCUUUGCCCGUCGGUACUGCGGGAAACGGCCCUACUACAAGGCGAAGUUCUUUGCCAUCCGUGACGCCUACAAUGACAGGAUCCGAGUCUUUCUGACCAACCAUUCGAAAAUGGAGGAUGCUUUCUGGCGGUAUGUGGCCCAAGAAAUCAAGACCUCGCCGGUGGAGGAUGCAGAUGCCUGGCCUGAGGUGGUGCGGGCUAUGACCUAUGGCUUCUUGAGCGAUGACUCAGUCAGCAAGACAUGGACCUCGGAAGGGGAAGACUUUUUCGUACAGUGCCCAAGCAAGAAGAAGUACGAAGCAAAGCUUCGUAAGUAUGCAGCUGACGCAGCUCACUGA